AUGUCGAUUAAGGACGACAUCCCUGCCAUCUUUUACGAAAAGCUUUCCCCCCGCGGGCUUGAGGCCAUCGCCAAAACCAAGGAAUUCGUCGACACUUACUGCUCCCCCGCCGACGAGAUCUACUUCCAACAGGUGAGAACUGACGACCGCCGGUGGAAGGAAACGCCCCCCAUCACCGAGCACUUGAAGAAGAAAGCUAAAGAGCUCGGGUUAUGGAACAUGUUCUUGCUGAAGCACUACGCCGAGGGCGCCGGCUACACCAACUUGGAGUACGGGCUUAUGGCCCAGUACCUUGGCCGCAGCCACAUCGCCCCUGAAGCUACCAACACCAAUGCUCCUGACACCGGCAACAUGGAGAUUCUUGCCAAGUACGGCAACGACUACCACAAGCAGCGCUACCUCCAGCCGCUUCUCGACGGUAAAAUCCGCCUGGCGUUCUUGAUGACGGAAAAGGGGACGUCUCUGUCCAACGCCCUUAACAUCUCGUGCCUGGCCAAACUUAACCAAAAUGGCAACUACGUCAUCAACGGCGUCAAGUGGUUCGCCCUGGGUGCCGGCGACCCCCGGUGCAAGGUGUGGUUGACGAUGUGCAAGACCGGCGACGACGACGCCAACCCCUAUUUCAACCACUCGUUGCUUGUGCUUGACGUCGACAAGGCCCUCGCCCUGGGACAGGCUCGUGUUGUCCGCCCGUUGCACGUGUUUGGCUACGACGACGCUCCUCACGGCCACUGUGAAAUUGAGUUUAACAACUACGAAGUGUCUAAAGAGGAAAUGGCCAACGUCAUCCUCGGCCAGGUGGGCCAAGGAUUUGCCAUCAUCCAGCUGAGAUUGGGGCCGGGGCGCAUCCACCACUGCAUGCGGAUGAUUGGCGUCGGCGAAUUCGCCUUGAUGAGAGUGGCUCAGCGGGCUAAUCACCGUAUCAUCUUCGGCAAGCCCAUGGCCAAGCGCGAGCUGUUUUUAAACGCCUACGCUCAGGCAAAGAUCGACAUCCAAAAGUGCCGCUUGUUUGUCCUUAAUGCCGCCCACCACAUCGACAUUGCCGGAGCCAAAGCGGCGCAAGCCGACAUCGCCAUGGCCAAGAUCGAGACCCCGAGAACCAUCCUUCGCAUCUUGGACUGGGGGAUCCAGAUGUUUGGCGCCGAAGGGGUGUCUCAAGACACCGAGCUCUCACGCAUGUACGCGUUGGGGCGGACGUUACGUAUUGCCGACGGCCCCGAUGAAGCUCACUUGGGCCAAUUGGCCCGUAAGGAGCUGAAGAAGUUCCCUUACGUCGACGAAUACUUUAAGCGGUUCGAAGAAAAUAAGGCGAAGUUGGCCAAGUUGUAA